AUGCUGAGAAUGAGAUGGGAACUGCUGCUAUUGGCCAUCAUAUACUGGCAAAGAGGUCACACAGAUAUAAGCGAGUCUAAGCAAGGUCAUGUGUCUGUGGUCAUCGUGGGUGGAACGGGGGAUCUGGCAAGGAAGUACCUGUGGCAAGGCUUCUUCCAGCUUUACGCAGACCAGGUGGGCAAAGGACACACCUUCUCAUUUUACGCCGGUGCCCUUUCGCCCGAUGAGAAGGGCACGGCCAUGCUGUUUGGGAUCUUGAAGGAGCUGGCUUGCCCUCCGGAGCUCUCCGCAGAGCGCUGUGCGUUGGUCAAAGAGCAGUUUCUCCAUCUCUCUCAGUAUCGCCAGCUGAAGACCCUUGAAGACUACGAGAAGCUCAACCAGCACAUCAAACAGCAGAUGGAGCAGGAGGGAAUGGUGGAAGCAGGCAGGCUCUUCUACUUGUCCGUCCCAGCGUUCACGUACGCGGACAUUGCAGAAAAGAUUAACAGCACCUGUCGUCCCGUGGCUGACGUGUGGCUAAGGGUGGUACUGGAGAAGCCAUUUGGGCAUGACUUUAAUAGCGCCCAGUUCCUCGCCAAACAACUGUCGGGCAGCCUAAAAGAAGAGGAGAUGUACAGGAUUGACCACUAUUUAGGGAAACAGGUUGUCUCUAAAGUGUUGUCAUUUAGAAAAGAGAACAAGAAACUUCUGGACCCUAUCUGGAACAAGCACCAUAUUGAGAGAAUAGAAAUUGUAUUAAAGGAAACCCUGGAUGCCAAAGGCCGAAUUCAGUUUUAUGACCAGUACGGUGUCAUCAGAGAUGUACUUCAGAACCACCUCACAGAAAUCAUGACCCUGAUGUUAAUGAACCUUCCUGCAAACCUGUCCAACAGUGAGGAGAUACUUCAAAACAAGCUUCGUUUCCUGGCUUCACUUCAGGAAGUGGAUAAAAGCAAUGCCGUUGUAGGCCAAUAUCAAGGGUACAAUGGAGAAGUUCAGGAGGAGCUGAAUAAAACAAAGGAUUAUGUCAGCCUGACCCCCACAUUCGCUGGUGUGCUGAUUCAUGUCAAUAAUGCACAGUAUGAUGGCAUCCCCAUAUUUAUGACCUCGGGCAAGGCGCUCGAUGAACGAGUCUCAUAUGCUCGCGUCAUCUUCAAAAGCGACACAUUUUGCGUCCAGGAUCUCGACAAUGUCCAGUGCAAAGCCAAACAGAUCGUAUUUUAUCUGGGUCAUGGAAACCUUCAGUACCCUGCGAUUCUUGUGAGCAAAAAUCUGUUCAAACCCGACCUAGUGGGCAGCGAUUGGAAAGAAGUCACAGAAUACAAAGACGUGAACGUGCUGGGACUCCCGCUCAGUGAUUAUUACAUCCAGUCACCGGUUAUGCCCAGGGAUCCCUAUUGCGAGCUGAUCCCACAGAUCCUCAUUGGCCGUAAGCAUAGUUUUAUUAGUACCGAGGGACUCCUCGCUUCCUGGGCCUUCUGGACUCCACUUCUCGACAGCUUGGCUCGUGUCUUUCCACGUCUGUACCCUGGUGGUGGCGCCAACGGCAACCUGCUGAACCUUCAGGUGCGUGGCCACCAGGUAUCCUUCAGUCACGAGGCCGUGGUCAACAUCAUAAACGCUGGGGACGAAGAAAACUUUCAGGUUAUGCAAGGGAAGUUCCGGAGUUCGGAUAUGGUGUCCGCCUGGACGGAAGAGCUGGUGGAGCGCUUGGCCGCCGAUCUUCUGAUGGCCGCCGAGGAGGCUGUACGCGAAGACGGUCAGUUUCAUUUGGCGUUAUCAGGCGGCUCCAGCCCGGUGGCUUUACUCCGCACGCUCGCCCUAAACCUCUACACCUUUCCAUGGCACAGCACUCACAUAUGGCAGGUCGAUGAACGUUGCGUCCCACACACGGGAUCGGGCUCCAACUUCCGGUCUGUUCACGAUCUUCUCCUUCAGCAUAUCCACAUACCGUACUUUAAUCUCCACCCCAUGCCGGUGCAGCUUAACCAGCGGCUGUGCGUGGAGGAGGAUGGUGGUCCCAAAUUAUACGAGCAUGAAAUGAAACAAUUCAUCAAUGCCUCCAGUUUCCACUACGUCCUGCUUGGUGUGGGCCACGACGGCCACACCGCCUCGCUGUUUGAAGACACCAAACUGGACGUUGAUGACGAACGUUUGGUGAUUCUUACGGAGAGUCCCGUUAAACCUCACCAGAGAAUGAGCCUUACGUUUACAGCCAUCAAUAGGGCUCGAAGGGUUAGUGUUUUAAUUAUGGGAAAGGGUAAACAUGAACUUCUCACUCAGCUCAGCCGAAUUAAAGGUGAAUCAACCAAGUAUCCCAUAACCAAGGUACAACCAAAGAAUGGUACUCUUGUAUGGUAUAUAGACUACGAUGCACUGUUAGGAUAAGUCAAUAUGGACCAAUAAAGCCACCAGCCAAGCCUCUAUAGUUCAGAUUGAAUGUUGUAUUAAGAAUGAUUGAUAGCAUUAUAACAGUGACGUUUCCAGUUAAAGUGGGAUUAUGAAGGAGUGCAUUGAGUGACUGCAAGCCCUUAAUUUUAUUGUGUUUUUGGAAUUAUGGAAUUAUAAAUGAUUGUGAAUUAUAAAUCAAAAUCUCAGGAAUAUCCUAAUGAAAUUGUUAAAGGGAACUUUAAAGUAUGUUGCUAUUCACAAACAUCAAACCAGUCAUAAUAUAAAAACUAUAAUGAUACACAAAUUUAUUCCACAUGCAUUCAAAUAGAUAAUGUGACCAAAUUGUGAUCAGCAUGUAUGUUUUUAUUUUUAAAGAAAAAAUGUUAUUUGCUUAGCCAGGUUAAAUUUGAGAUGUGGGACCAUCUUGGCCUACGAGGGAACAAUAGACAUGGUUACUUCUUUCCCCUCUUCAUUGACAAUGUUUACCUUAUCUAAGGAAGGAACCUUAAUAAUUUCAUGUCCACAAAUCCAAUGUUUGUACAUUUCUUACUGGAUCGAUUCAAGUUUCUGUUGUCUAUAUUGAUAAAACCAUUUUAAAACCUU